AUGUCAAUAAAAAGCAUUGAGCAUGAAACUAAAGGUAAUCAGUUGGAGUUGAAUUGGGAUGAUGGUCAAUCCUCUUUAUACCACUACAUCUGGCUUAGAGAUAAUUGUCAUUGUUCCGAAUGCUUUUAUCCAUUGACAAAACAGAGACUACUCAACUCAGCUUCAAUUCCAAACGAUAUUAAACCAAAGGAUGUAUCAAGUAGUGGCUCUAGCAGCAAUGAAUUAGUUCUGAUUACUUGGGAUGAUAAUCACAAAUCUGAAUAUGGUGCUAAUUGGCUUCGUAUCCACUCCUACAAUCCCAGAUUAGUUCCUAUUGAGAAGAAACUAAAAAACGCAAACACAAUUCUUAAACAAGAGCUUUGGCAAGUCAAGGAUAUACAAAACGAUAUGCCAAAAGUGGAUUUCAAUACUGUUAUGAAGUCGUCUGAUGAAACAGAUGGAGAGGAAGCCAUUAAGGACUGGAGUUUGAAGAUUUGGAAGCAUGGAUUUUGUCUUAUAGAUAAUGUACCAGAAACCCCAGAAGACACUGAAAAGUUAUGCGAGAAACUCAAUUAUAUUCGACCAACACAUUAUGGAGGAUUCUGGGAUUUCACUUCUGACUUGGCCAAGGCUGAUACUGCAUAUACGAACUUUGAUAUAAGCAAUCACACUGAUGGUACUUAUUGGUCAAACACACCAGGAUUGCAAUUGUUUCAUUUGCUUUAUCAUGAUGGCGAGGGUGGAACCACCUCACUUGUGGAUGCAUUUAAAUGUGCCGAGAUAUUGAAAGCAAAACACCCAGAAAGUUUUGAAAUUUUCACAAGAAUAAGAGUUCCUGCGCAUUCAGCGGGCGAAGAGAAGGUGUGUAUCCAACCAGAUAUUCCACAACCAGUCUUUAAGUUGGAUCAACAAGGUCAAUUGAUUCAGGUUAGAUGGAACCAAAGCGAUCGUUCGACAAUGGAUUCUUGGGAAAACCCAGAGGAUGUUGUUAAAUUUUACCAAGCAAUUAAGGAUUGGGUCGCGAUAAUCACAGAUCCAGAGAAUGAACUUUGGCAUCAGAUGAAGCCUGGCCAGUGUUUGAUAUUUGACAACUGGAGGGUCUUCCAUUCUAGAAGCGAAUUUACAGGAAAGAGAAGACUCUGUGGUGCAUACUUGGAAAGGGACGAUUUUGUCUCGAGGUUGAAAUUGUUGGCAUUAGGAAGGGAAGCUGUACUAGAGUCCAUUUAA